GGUUCUUCCACGACGGGCGGUGAUCCCCAGAAGUCCCUGACGCUUGUGCAGUCCGUCAUCGCCACCGGCUUUGAGAACGAUGGACAGGACCAACCGACUGCCGGCCAGGUGCCCUCGCUCACGUCGUCGAACAACUUCAUCAACUUCUGCGCGACCGUGCCCAACCUGCCGAUCACGAACGGCCUGCAGAUCAAGACUGGCUCCUGCAACCCGGCACCGAUGGGUGUGAUUGCGUCCACGGCGAACAUGCCCUCGUCCAAGUUCGUCUUCCCCAAGAACGGCGCGACCAUCCCCGCGAACCAGAACUUCACGAUCCAGAUGGCGAUCAGCCACCUCGAGACCGGGCACUUCGUGAACGCGAACGAGAACUACUUCUCGGCGCCGCAGGUCGUGAACAGCGCGGGCGACAUCCAGGGCCACUCGCACGUCGUCGUCGACAAGCUCACCUCGCUCGACCAGACCACCCCCACGGACCCCCUGAACGGCUUCGUGUUCUUCAAGGGCCUCAACGACCCCGCGGCGAACGGCGUCCUGUCCACUGUUGUCGCUGGUGGUCUCCCCGCUGGUACCUACCGUCUCGCGUCCAUCAACUCGGCCGCGAACCACCAGCCCGCGCUCGUGGCCAUCGCACAGCACGGCUCCCUCGACGACAUGGUCUACUUCACCGUCUCGGACGCCGGCGCCGCGGCUCCCCCCGCGUCCAGCGCGGCAGCAGCUCCCCCCGCCGCCUCGACGACCGCCGCCGCCGCCAAGUCCACCGCGACCGUCGGCGCGAUCAAGGGCUCGAACACCGGCAAGACGCCCGGAAACCAGGGCGGCUUCGGUGGCAAGGGCAACAACCAGGCAGCCGCGCCCCCGUCCGCGAACAAGCCCUCGAACGGGUUCGGCCGCGGGGGCUUCCGCAACGGCCGCCGUGCGCUCUGA